AUGGUCAAGGAGACGCUAGAAGGCCCCGAUCAAGCAACUUCGAAUAUAUGGGCGACCGAUCCACUGGAAGGGGAAGUCACGGACAAGGAAAAACCAGGAAAAGAAGGUAGUCGAGACGUGAUGGAGAAUGUCAGCUUGGAUCAACUACGGUCGGAGGGCCAAGAUCAAGGAAUAUCGCCGGCGGGUGGUGAUGGAUCAGAUCUGCCAACAAUGAUGAGUGUACAGCCUCGGACAGGACACACGACUCGUGAUCCAUUGGAGGAUGAGUGUACCGCGUCUAUAUCGCAGAAAACGGACAUGGAUCCAUCACCUGUUGUGGAAGAUCAACCAGACUUAUCGGAUCUGGAUCUCACCUGGGACUCAGACCAGGAUCAUGAUGAAUGUGUAUAUUAUCAUGAAGGAAGCGAUCUAUACGCCGAAGAUGUCGAUGGUCAGAUGGCGGUGUUGCCCGAAGUACCCGUGGUGACGGAAGAUGUGAGGAUCGAAGAUAUUCAACUAUGCGGAUCGGAUAAUCAAACUCCAGAAGUAAUCGAGCGACUCCGCCAAAAGAACUGGAAAUUCCGACACCUCUUGAUCGGGAAGGGAAAUGCCCUUCCGCCGGCAGCUAGAGGCGUGGUGUGCGAUAUCGACGUCGGGGGAGCGAGACCCAUCGCCCUCAAGUGCCGGAGAAGCUAG